AUGGCCCUGAAGAUGCCUCAACAUCUUCUCUUGGGCCUGCCCGUGGUGCUGGGUGUUUGCCUGCGCUUGAGCUUUGCUGCCCGUGCCGCUUCCUGGGAGGAUGAGCUGCGGCAGGGCCUGGCAAAGGCGGACAGCAACCGAGAUUCCUGGGGUGACUUCUUCAGCGAGCUUGGCAUUUUUUUGUGGACGCUGGAUGUUCUUUGGUUCCUGGUGGCCGCCACAAUCGCCUUGGUUAUCGGAUUCUGGCAGCCUUCACAGAUCGUGGGCGACGCCUCGCAGGUCGGAUCCGACGGCGUCAAGUGGACGCCGCCGUCUUGGUACACCUUGACCACGAUCUUCGCAUCGCUCCAAAGCCACGCAGCUGGCAUCCUCGGCUUCGUGGGCUUCCAGAAGAUCGUGGUGGCCAGGAUCGUGUCCACGAGCCAGCCCAGGGCCAACUGGUCGGCGCCCAAUUUCCUUCUCCUCACCAGCAUUGCCAUUUCCAUCACGGCGAUUUUUUCUAGCCUCGUGUUUAUGGGUGUGGACUACUUGCGCCGCCUGGCCAUCGACAGCGCACGGAGCCGGGGCUACCGGCUGAUUUUCAUGCACGGCAAGCUGGAGCGCACAGGACUCGGUAUGGCGCUGAUCAUAAUGACCGUCGUGCUGAUAGUACUGUACAUGCUCGUCAUCUACAGCGAGACACAGACACAGAAUUCCAAGAAGCAGGAGGCAUUUCCAGAUUUGGCUGUCAACCACUCGCGUGUCAUGAAAGUGUUGAUGGACAAGGCCUGCAGCUGUGCCACGGUCCUGAUUUACUUCUUCAACCUUCGCAGCUUGUGUGAAUCACCCAAGGUGCACUUCCACCAGAAUGUAGCAAGUGCAGGGGAGGAGCUGGAACGGAUCAACACCAAGGACUACUUGACGAAGUUCUGCAGCCGCCGUGAUGAAAGGUCCAAUGUCCGAAGCUACCUGGCCUACCUGGCCUAUGGCUUGGCCGGUGAGGACAUCGGCCUCUUGGUCAAGAUGGGCACGCGCCGAGCCUUAUUCCCGAAUCAGCGCUUGGCGCCGCUGUUGAACGUCGUUGGUAUCGUCAUGCUGUUCGGCAUGGUUCCAGGCAUCCUUCAGUUUGCGACGGAGCGGCUCUUCGUCGAUCCACAGAUUCUGGAAGUGAGGGCCAUCUCGGCAUACUUGUUGCCUGCUUUCGAUGCCGAAAGCAAGCGCAAACAAUAUGUGUUGCUGUUGGACAAAGAUCCGUCUCUCCACGUGAAGACCCGGGCCGCACAAACCUCGAGUAUCCAGAUCUGUUGCGAGAACACGAAGAACUGCACUGAUUACCCGCUUCAGCACUCACUCAUUCAAUUCGAUGAGACGCCCGCCAUCCUGAAGAUUCCGGCUGCGGCAUCCACGAAGUGCAAUCUGACGGCUCGAGGCCUGAGCAAGAAGUCAUCGACGACGCUGGACUUGAACGUGGAGGUGAAGACCGUCAAGUAUGUGUGCGGCUGCUUAGAACACAACUGUUCCUGCUGUGAUGGGUAUGAAGGCGGCCUCGAUGCUGAAGCAGAGGAAGUAGAGAACAUGUUGGCGAAAGAUUUCUGCACUCCGGUUCCAUGUGACAUUGAUAAUUCGAACCGGGAGCCAGGUCCGUUGUGUAACUGCAGCAACGGCUAUGUCGGAGACAUCGUCUGGGAGGGUGCCAAUGUCAGUGGCAAUUGUACUCCUGCUCCAUGUUACAUUGAAAACUCGACCAGGGAUCUGGGGCUCCAGUGCCAGUGCAGGGACGGUUUCUCCGGUGAGGUUCAAUGGCACCAAUCCCUUGCAUCUGGUGAAUGUUUGCCAGCGGACUGCGGCAUUCCACACUCCGUUGGCAUGGGGCCGGAUUGCAAGUGCAUGGACGGCUACGACGGCAACAUAACCUGGAACGGCUCACAAGCUAGCGGGGCAUGUGCACCGGCUGCAGGCUGUGCAGAAAACGUUGAAAACAGCGCGGGCGAAGGAGCGCAAUGCAAGUGCAGAGAUGGUUUCACAGGCAAUGUUCUUUGGCAGGGUGCAGUGCCUCACGGAAGCUGCAAAGCCGCAGAGUGCCGCAUAGAGAAUUCCAACCAGCAACGCGGUCCCGGCUGCAGAUGCAAGGAUGGCUAUGUGGGUGACAUAAGGUGGCAUGGCGACCGUCCGAGCGGCACUUGUACACCGGCGCCCUGCGCGAUCAAGAACUCCAACCGACAGCGGGGCCAAGAGUGUGCCUGCCUAGAUGGAUUUGCAGGGAAGAUCACUUGGAAAGGCCAAACACCACAGGGACCCUGCCAACCCGCAUCAUGUGCAAACAUUGCAAACGCAACGGGCAACGGAACAGAGUGCAAGUGCAAAGAUGGCUUUGAUGGCGCGGUGACUUGGUCAGGUGCCAAUGCUUCGGGAGACUGCGAGCCGGCACCGUGCAGAAUUGCAAAUUCGAACGAGGAGCCUGGGCCCGCAUGCAAGUGUCUCGAGGGGUUCGAGGGCAGAAUUGGUUGGAAAGGACCAUACCAUCUCGGCAGCUGCCAUCACAUGCGGUGCCUUGGCACACAUUCGAAUCGCAAGCGGGGCCUUGAGUGUGGUUGCAUGGAUGGAUUCGAAAUCAAUGGGUCCAGAGCCGCGUCUGUUGUGCUGGGUGUAAGAGUCUUCGAAAUCAAAUGCGUACCGGCUCCGUGCAGGUUAGAGCAUUCAAACAGGCAGCCAGGCAAGGCAUGCCGCUGUGCAGAUGGGUACUAUGGAGACCUUACGUGGAAGGGUCAGUUUCCCAGUGGGACUUGCACGGCAGCCCACUGCGAUCUUCCAAACUCUAAUCUUAAGCCAGGACUGGAGUGCAAGUGUUUGGAUGCGUUUUCUGGCCAGAUCACGUGGAUGGGCGAACAGCCAGAGGGAAGAUGCUGGCCGGCCCAAUGCAACAUUUCCAACUCCAAUCACAAGCCGGGGAAGGGCUGCAAGUGUCUGGACGGCUUUGUUGGAGAGAUUGUGUGGAAAGAUGACGUACCCAGUGGGAGCUGCAAGCCAGCUCCUUGCAACAUUCCGAACUCCAACCUCGAGCCCGGGCCAGCUUGUCGGUGCAAAGAUGGGUUCCAAGGCAACAUCACGUGGGAUGGUCCGUCAGCCAGUGGAGCCUGCGAGCCGGUGCCUUGUCGUGUUCUCCACUCUGACCUCGCUCCGGGUCCCGCAUGUCAAUGUGCAGGAGGCUUUUUUGGCCGCAUCGUGUGGAGCGGCUCUACAGUGUCUGGAACCUGUGUACCCCGGCCGCUGUGCGGGUUUGGACAGGCUGUACAUGUGACACGACUGACUGCAGACCUGGUAGAUGCCGACGGCAACACCUGCAAAGCAGGCCAAGCCAUGCUUGUCCACGGGGUACACAAAACCACCCGACUGAGAUGGACUUCUGCAGAGGCCUUGCCACCAGCCAAGUGCAAGGUGGAAUGGCCUGAUGUGGGACCGCCGAAGAACCCCGAUCCACAGCACUUCAGUCUAACAAGCUGGUGUGCAAAGACGCCAGGAAAGCCACUAUGCUCCUCGCAGAUCGUGUAUACGCUAACCAGCCGCUACACAUCUAACUAUGCCUGCGAUGGUUGCAGGACAUCAGAGCAUGCCCUGACAGAAUUUAGAGGCCGGCGCUGUGGAUAUGACCUCGUCAAGUGGGAGUCCCUGACCAUUUCGCCUGGAUCGCCUAAUGCAUGCACAUGCAACCUUUCUUUGAGCUGCAGCGAAGUUCCUUCAGAAGAGCUCCCCAAAUCCUGCAUGCACUUCGUGGAGCCUGCGGUUCUGAGCUCGCCUCCUCAUCUUAGCUACAUUUUCUACGAGUCCGGAGACUUCCGCAGGGCGGUCACCCGUACUUUUCCCUUUGACGUGGCUGAUGGAGUCGCUGCCGCCCCAACGGCUGAUUCGUGGCUUUCUGAUGGAGAGAAUAUUCUAGUGACAUCGCUUAAACUUGGUACAAGCCGCUGCCUUGGGCGCCCAGACGGCUCGUUUUGGAUGGAAACUGGUCAAAACACUGGUAAGGUCCUCCGGGCCGAUACGGUGCUUCCAGAGUGGUGGAGAGCCAAGUUCAAGCAGGACGAAGCUCUGCCCGGCAGUUUCAAUACCGACAGGCUGGCAGGCUGCGAGGUUCUUGUCAAGUCGAAUAACUUGUGCUACAGUGCCCGAUUGGGACAGGCUGUCUGGGUCACCUCGGCACAAGGAGACUGUGUUUUUCAGGAUGAUGCCGCUGCGGCAAACAUCGCUUACGAGUACAAGUCAUCGGCCUUUGGGCUCCAAACUUACAGAUCUAACAGGACCUGUUACCCGACGGCGGCCUUCGAAGAGAUUCUGGUUGAGGUGGUUGAUGUCGGCAUGCCCACCAAAGAUUUCAACUACACGGUAGCUAGCUCCCCCUGCCGAACAAUGAUACGCUACAUGGUGGAUGCUAGGUCAAAGCUGUCCGAAUGCCGCAGCUUUUUCACGAAUAGUGCUAGGCAAUGGUGA